AUGAGCGCACCAGCGAUACCCAGGAAGGAGAUUGCGAGGAAAGAAUUGCCCAACAGAGAAAUCGAGGGGCUAGCGCCGGCGCACUUCAAAGAGAGAGGAGCAAGCGACACUUCAGCAACUUGGAAUGUACCUGGGGAAGGGCCGAGCAAGAAAAGGCGCAUCCAUUUAGGCGCCGGCGCAGGGUGGGCAGUAACAGAUCGCUUUGAUCGCGUACUGCCACCCCACAAGCGAUACUUUGGUCGCAGUCGUCGCACGUUCCUGAUAGCACUUCUCGUCACUUUUGUUUGUCUACUGGCGCUGAUCAUUGGUCUGGCAGUGGGACUAUCAAAGAAGCCAGAAAAUCGAUUUCUGCCGCUCCCGAGUAAUGCUGAUCACUUCACCGGUGAAUUGACCUACUACGGUCCCGGCCUCGGCGCAUGCGGCGUUGAAUCGACCGAAGAAGAAGCCAUCGUCUCUGUGUCGCACUUCCUAUAUGAUGCUGUUCAAACUGGUAGUGACCCAAAUCAGAACCCACUGUGCGGAAAGAAGAUCAGGGCAACUAGGGUAGAUGAGCGCACUGGGAAGCAGGUCAGCAUCGACUUGACUGUUGUAGAUAGAUGCACUGGCUGCGAGCCUACCGACCUCGAUGUCAGCCCUGCUAUGUUCGACAGGAUGGCAGAUCACGACUUGGGUAGAGUUGUCAUGACUUGGGCCUGGCUAUCAUGA